CCUGGGAGGCAGCGUUGCCCUCCGAAUGGCCGCGGCGGCGGCGGACCGGGCUCCCGCGCCGCGGCCCUAGGUGGCCUCUCGCCAUGGCCAAGUGGCUGAACAAGUACUUCAGCUUGGGCAACAGCAAGACCAAGAGCCCUCCGCAGCCGCCGAGACCCGAUUACCGCGAGCAGCGGCGCCGGAGCGAGCGGCCCUCACAGCCUCCCCAGGCCGUGCCGCAGGCCGCCUCGGGGUCCUCGGCAUCCUGCGGGCCGGCCUCGGCCUCCUGCUUCUCGGCCUCCUCGGGCUCUCUGCCCGACGACAGCGGCAGCACGAGUGACCUCAUCCGCGCCUACCGCGCGCAGAAGGAGCGCGACUUCGAGGACCCCUACAACGGGCCGGGCUCGUCGCUGCGCAAACUGCGCGCCAUGUGCCGCCUGGACUACUGCGGCGGCGGCGGGGAGCCCGGCGGGGGCCAGCGCGCUUUCUCGGCCUCGUCCACGUCGGGCGCCGCGGGCUGUUGCUGCGCCUCCUCGGGCGCUGGCGUAGCGGCCUCCUCGUCCUCAUCCUCGGGGUCCCCGCACCUUUACCGCAGCAGCAGCGAGCGGCGACCCGCCACGCCGGCGGAGGUGCGCUACAUCUCGCCCAAGCACCGACUCAUCAAAGUGGAAAGCGCCGCCGCGGGCGCAGCUGGGGACCCCACGGGGGGCGCCUGCUCCGGCGGCCGCACCUGGAGCCCAACAGCCUGUGGAGGCAAAAAACUGCUCAACAAGUGCGCCGCCUCGGCCGCGGAGGACAGCGGGGCCGGCAAGAAGGAAAAGGUGACCAUAGCUGAUGACUACUCUGAUCCUUUUGAUGCCAAGAAUGAUCUCAAGAGCAAAGCAGGAAAGGGGGAGAGUGCUGGCUACAUGGAGCCCUAUGAAGCCCAGAGGAUCAUGACAGAAUUCCAGAGGCAGGAAAGUGUCCGGUCCCAACACAAAGGCAUCCAAUUGUACGACACCCCUUAUGAGCCCGAAGGCCAAAGCAUGGACUCAGACUCGGAGAGCACGAUGAGUCCUCGACUGAGAGAGAGCAAGCUGCCCCAGGAUGAUGACAGGCCCGCUGAUGAAUAUGACCAGCCAUGGGAGUGGAACCGGGUCACCAUCCCCGCCCUGGCAGCCCAGUUCAAUGGCAACGAGAAGCGACAGUCAUCCCCCUCACCUUCGAGGGACCGGCGGCGCCAACUUCGUGCUCCAGGAGGGGGCUUCAAGCCCAUCAAACAUGGGAGCCCGGAGUUCUGUGGGAUUCUGGGGGAGAGAGUGGAUCCUGCUGUCCCACUAGAGAAGCAGAUAUGGUAUCACGGAGCCAUCAGCAGAGGAGAUGCUGAGAACCUGCUGCGACUCUGCAAGGAAUGUAGCUACCUUGUCCGCAACAGCCAGACCAGCAAACACGACUACUCCCUGUCCCUGAAGAGCAACCAGGGCUUUAUGCACAUGAAACUGGCCAAAACCAAAGAGAAGUACGUGCUGGGUCAGAACAGCCCUCCAUUCGACAGCGUCCCGGAAGUCAUCCACCACUACACCACCAGGAAGCUCCCCAUCAAAGGGGCUGAGCACCUGUCCCUCCUCUACCCGGUGGCUGUGCGGACCCUGUGAGCGGGCCAGCCCGGCCCUGCUCAGUGACAGUGCUGAGACUUGGAGGCGCUGGCCGGGCGCCCACCAGCACAGCUGUGUUGCCAGCUGUAUCCAGUUUGUGUUGUGUGUAUGGUACUAGCACACCACUGCAUGUCUUAGAAUGCUGUUGCCACUUCCGGGGCUGGAAGGGCCUUGGAUGAAGAAGGACUGCCAGCCGCCCGCUGCCCCAGUCCCCAUCCCGCCCCCACCCCCCUCCUUGAGUUUCUGUGAAUUAAAAUAUUUGCAAUCCAAAGA